UCGAACUCGGCAUCGACAAGGACGCAAAGAACAACAGGAGGGAAUGCGCUUCAUGUUUUGUGUUCUAACAAUUCCAGCCCACACUUAAUCGAUGCGAUUAAACUCUUGAUCAAACUCGGCAUCGACAUAAACGCAAAAACCAACGCUGGAUCCAAUGUGCUUCAUCUUUUGUGUCGAAACAAUUCAAGCCCACACUUAACCGAUACGAUUGAGCUCUUGAUCGAACGCGGCAUAGACAAGGACGCAAAGAACAACGAUGGAUUGAGUGCGCUUCAUCUUUUGUGUUCUAACAAUUCAAGCCCAAAAUUAACCGAUGCGAUUAAACUUUUGGUCGAACUCGACAUAGACAUAAACGCAAAAACGAAAGAUGGGUGGAAUGCGCUUCAUUGUUUGUGUCAUAACAGUUCAACCCCACAUUUAAUCGAUGCGAUUAAACUCUUGAUCGAUCUCGGCAUCGACAAAAACGCAAAAACCAACGAAGGAGCGAAUGCGCUUCAUGAUUUGUGUUAUAACAAUUCAAGCCCACAUUUAAUCGAUGCGAUUAAACUCUUGAUCGAACUCGGCAUCGACAAAAACGCAAAAACCAACGAAGGAGCGAAUGCGCUUCAUGAUUUGUGUUAUAACAAUUCAAGCCCACAUUUAACCGAUGCGAUUAAACUCUUGAUCGAUCUCGGCAUCGACAAAAACGCAAAAACCAACGAAGGAUGGAAUGCGCUUCAUCAUUUGUGUUCUAACAAUUCAAGCCCACAUUUAAUCGAUGCGAUUAAACUCUUGAUCGAACUCGGCAUCGACAAAAACGCAAAAACCAACGAUGGAUGGAAUGCGCUUCAUCAUUUGUGUUCUUUCAAUUCAAGCCCACAUUUAAUCGAUGCGAUUAAACUCUUGAUCGAACUCGGCAUCGACAAAAACGCAAAAACCAACGAUGGAUGGAAUGCGCUUCAUCUUUUGUGUGAAUACAGUUCAAGCCCACACUUAAUCGAUGCCAUUAAACUCUUGAUCGAACUCGGUAUUGACAAAAACGCAAAAACCUCCCCUUCUUUGGAUGGAAUGCAUACGAUCUGA